AUGACGAAACUCAUUGUCAUCACAGGCAUCACCGGCGUCCAAGGCAGCUCCGUGGCUGAUGCCUUCAUAAAAGAUCCAAACUACACCCUCCGCGGCGUAACUCGCAAUCCCGCCUCCGAGGCAGCCAAAGCAUGGGCGUCCAAAGGCGUAGAAAUUGUCCAAGGAGACUUUGACGACAUCGAAUCCCUUGAAAGAGCCUUUCAGGGUGCUAAUGUCAUCUUCGGAGUCACUGAUUUCUGGAACAUCUGGGAUGAUUCUCGUAGCAAGAAACUGAGAAGGCCUGGGCAGGAGCUUGUGGAGUAUUGCUAUGAGGUUGAGCUGAGUCAUGGGAAGAAUCUUGCUGAUGCCGCGGCCUCGACGGCUUCGACGUUGGACAUGUAUGUCUUUAGCUCUAUGGCUGAUGCGACCAAGUCGAGUGGCGGAAAGUACAAGACGCUGUAUCACGUGGACUCAAAGGCUCAUGCCGCAGUGUAUGCGCAGAGCCUCGAGGCGCUGAAGGACAAGUUCUCACAGGUUCAGGCUCCGGUGUAUUUUCAGGUUGGGACGGAAUGGGGGUUGCCUAUCACACCAAAGAAGCAACCUGACGGCACUUAUCGCAUGAUGGGCCCCGGACCAGGCCACAAGCCUAUCCCUUUUGGUGACGUCCGCACAGAUCUCGGCCCUUGUGUCAAAGCUCUUGUUGAGGAAGCCCCUCCGAACACAAACCUCUUUGCUGUGGGAGAGUACCUUUCCUGGACGGAUUACCUCCGCAUUAUCUGCGAGACAAAGGGUCUCAAGUAUGGAGGCUUUGAUGAGCUCACCUACGAAGAGCUUACAGAAAUUUUGCCAGGUGGGCUGGGGCAUGAGUUUGGUCUGAAUGUGUUUUUUGCGUUUGAGUUUGGGUAUGAGGUGACUGAGCCGGGGAUUGUUGGGCCGGGACAGUAUAGGAUCAGAUUGACCUCCUUUAGGGAGUACUGCGAGAAGACUGACUUGUCUGCUGUGUUCAGUAGUAAUUGA